UUAUGAUAAAAAUAUGAUAAGAUCAGAAGAAUGCAAGCCGUUUUUUGGCGGUUUACUUGUAAACCCCUUCUAAAAACGAUUUAUUGUUCUACAGAUGUCAUAUUAUUAAAAAAACCAAUAAUGGCUCAAAGAACUUUACUGUCCUACUUCAGCUCGAAGAAUACUACUGAGAAAUCAGUGCCAGUCACUCUAAUAAAUGAAACUUCUCCAGAAGAAUUAGAAGUAUCGCGUUCACUUAUAAGUCCUGUAAAAACAUAUGGUAAAAGGAAGAAACAAGCAGUGUUAUUUAGUGACAGUAGUGAUGAAGACACAAUUAAAGAAAAUAAAAGAGUAUGUGAGAAAGAUUCUCCGUUACACACAGAAAAUUGUACCAAUAAAACUGUUGAUGAUAAAUCAGAAGAAAUUAAAGACCUCAAUAAAGAUAAAGGAUCAAGUCUUAUUCCAAAGAAAGAAGAAAUUACUAACAAUGAGUUAAAUUUAAAAUUGUUAAAUAAUUCUCCAGAAAGUAAAAAAGAAAUGUCUGAAUGUAAUUAUGAUCCUACGAAAAAAAAAUAUCAUCCUAUUAAAGAUGCUUUUUGGAACCAUGGUGAAGCGACCCCAUAUUGCGCCCUGACAAAAACACUGAUGUUCAUCGAGGAAGUUAGUGCUAGACUGAAAAUUAUUGAAAUUCUCUCCAAUUACUUUCGUUCUGUAAUUGUGCUUAGUCCUAAUGACUUAUUACCCAGUGUAUAUUUGUGCCUAAACAAAGUCGCUCCAGAUUAUGCUGGUUUGGAGUUAGGUAUUGCAGAAACAUCAUUAAUGAAGGCGAUUGUUCAAACAACUGGACGGAGUAUGGCACAAGUAAAAAUUGAUGUUAGCAAAACAGGUGACCUUGGAACAGUUGCUGAAAAGAGUAAAAGUAAUCAAAAAACUAUGUUCAAGCCUGCUCGUUUAACAGUAAAAACAGUUUUUAACAAACUGAAAGAAAUUUCGGAAAUGACUGGUCAUGCUGUAUUAACAAAAAAAGUCGACAAAAUACAAUCAAUGUUUAUUGCUUGUCAGGACUCUGAAGCAAGAUUCUUGAUGCGAUCACUAGCUGGUAAACUAAGAAUAGGACUUGCAGAACAGUCUGUAUUACAAGCUCUCGCUUUAGCUUGUACAAUAACACCACCGGCUCAAAAUUACCCACCAAAUAUUAUUAACAUAACAAAAAAAAUGAAUGAAGAAAAAUUUAAGAAGCUUUAUGAUGAAACAUCCCUAACUAUAAAGACUACUUAUUGUGAAAGUCCAAACUUAGAUGCCAUUAUACCAAUUAUUCUUGAAAAGGGUGUUGAUGUAUUACCGGAGAACUGUAAACUAACCCCUGGAGUACCUUUAAAACCAAUGUUAGCACAUCCAACUAAAGGUGUACACGAAGUUCUUAAUAGGUUUGAUGGAUUAAAAUUCACUUGUGAAUGGAAAUAUGAUGGAGAACGAGCUCAGAUUCAUUUGACUGAAGAUGGAAAAACAUACAUUUACAGUCGCAAUCAAGAAAAUAAUACUAGUAAAUAUCCAGAUAUUUUGAAUCGCCUGGAUCUUGUAAAAGGGCCUAACGUCAAAUCAUUUGUAAUGGAUUCAGAAGCCGUUGCGUGGGAUAGAGAAAAGAAAAAAAUCAUGCCUUUCCAAAUUUUAAGUACUCGCAAAAGAAAAAAUGCUAAUGAAGAUGAUAUUAAAGUACAAGUUUGUGUAUUCAUGUUUGAUUUACUUUAUCUAAAUGGUGAACCAUUAGUUAAACGACCAUUUUGUGAACGUCGCAAAUUGUUAAAAGAAAAUUUUGUUGAAGUAGAAGAACAAUUUUUAUUGGCUACAUCAUUAGAUACUACUACCAUGGAAGAAGUUCAAGACUUUUUAGAAGAAUCUAUUAAAGGCAACUGUGAAGGUCUAAUGGUUAAAACUCUAGAAGAAGAUGCUACAUAUGAAAUAGCGAAACGAUCUCGUAAUUGGUUAAAACUGAAGAAAGAUUAUUUAGAUGGUGUUGGAGACACUAUUGAUGUAGUUGUCUUAGGUGGAUAUUUAGGUCGAGGAAAACGUACUGGUACUUAUGGAGGUUUCUUAUUGGCAUGUUAUGACCCAGAUAGCGAAGAAUAUCAAAGCAUAUGUAAAAUUGGAACUGGAUUUAGUGAUGAUGAUCUGCAAAAGCAUACAGAGUUCUUUAAAGAACAUAUUAUUGAACAACCUAGAAGUUAUUACCGUUAUGAUCAAAGUCAUGAACCAGAUCAUUGGUUUGAAACUGUUCAAGUGUGGGAAAUAAAAUGUGCGGAUUUAUCACUUUCUCCAGUACAUAGAGCAGCACUAGGUAUUGUAGAUCCAGAAAAAGGAAUUUCUUUAAGAUUUCCACGAUUUCUCCGUGUACGAGAUGAUAAAUCUAUUGAACAAUCUACAUCAGCUCAACAGAUUGCGGAAUUAUAUCAUAGUCAAGUUCAGAUUCAAAAUCAAGGAAACUCGAAUAUUAAUAAAGAAGAUUUUUAUUAAGUCAGUAUACUAUAAAAUAGACUUAAGAAUUAAUAAAAAAAUGCAUGUAGUAAUUUAAAAAAUAUUUCUUUAUUAAUGUAUGCUUUAUAUUUAUUUAUAAACAAUACACUUUGUACUUAU